CAAUUCGCUUUGGCCUUUUGUAUCGUGACAUACUUCUUAUCAAUCUUAUGUGCUGAUGGUGGAACGAUUCGGAAGCACAACGUUUAAAGUUCUAGCUUUAGUUCACUUGUCAAAUAAUGACAAAUAUGAUAUGGCAACAAGCGGAUGCGUGGCAAUAAAAAUCGUGGCAAUAAAAAAUGCAUAGUCACAGACGUGUCUUUAUCCGCAAAGCAAAGAUAUUGCUAAAUAUUUUCUUUUCAAAGCCGUUACGGUACCAUGGCUAUCAUUCAAAAUACUCAGCGUGUCGUCUAAUACUUCGCUAUAAUUCAUUCAAAUGCAGUCUAAAUGCAAUGACAACGAAAAGCAGCCAGUAUCUAUCAUAAUGUUUCCAGAUUAACGCAAUCAUGAGCGAUUCUUCCCAACCCUGGUAUCAUGGGCAAAUGAGUGCCGAAGAGGCAACAGCUAUCUGUUUAAAAGUUGGACAAAAUGGUGCCUUUCUAGUGCGUGAUAGUCAAGGUGGCAAGGGAGUUUUUACGUUGUCAAUUUUCUUUGAUGGCGAGGUUUAUCAUCACAGAAUCACACCAUCUGGAAAGAAUGUUAUCAUGGAGUCAACUACAAAGAAAUUCAAGUCCUUGAAAAAGCUAGUAAAACAUUACAUGAAUCCAACAGUCGAUUUUUUUCAUCCACUAACUGUGGCUAUUUUCCCAUCCUUGGUCCAACAGUUGAAAGCAAACGAUCAAAACGUGGAGCCGAGUGUCUCUGUCAAUCAAGAACCUUUAUACAUAAGGAGGCAAGGAACUGUUACCGUGCCUCCUACACAGAUUCCCAAGCCAGUUUUUCCUCCAAAUGUACCGAUAUCCAACAGACCUGUUUUGAAGAAAACUGACACUCCACCGCAAUCAUCAAAACAGGACGACAUUCAGCCCAAUAUGUCAAAGACCCCUUCUUUAGUACCUUCGAUACCUUCUCAAUCCCCCUCCGCAGCUUUUACUCCAGAUGAACUGAAUUGGCCAGAACCGCCAUCCCCGAUCACUGCACCAGCAUCAGUUCCGCCUCCGAUUAAGCCAAAGCCUAUAAACUCGAAUCUACGCCGGCGAACACGCAGUGACGUUACUGAGUUACGGGAAACAGUGUCAGUGAAUGCUCCUUCGCAAGCGAGCAGUAUUCCUGAGGAACGUUUAACAACAUUUAAACCAAUUGACGACGGUGUGGCAAGUGUGGCAAAAGCAGCGACAAUAAGGCCAUUUUCUUUUGCAUCAUCUAAAAUUGAUCACGUGUACGACAUCCCCGAUGGUACAGCAGACAACGGUCAACCGAUCAUAACAAGAAGGCGCACACUUUCGUUUGAAGAAGCUAAAAAAUUACAAGAGGAUCGUCAAGGAGAUUCUACGAAUAAACCCAAGUCACCGCAUUUUGAAAGAGAUUUGCCUCAAAACACGACUCAAUCAACUUCAGACAAGAAAUCGAAAUUGAAAAGCUUCGCACACUUUCUUAGCAGUAUAGGCAAGGCUCAGUCAUCUCGCAAGAAUGUCACCCAACGAGAAAAGAAAGAUAUAAAAAUAGAGCAUAUCGUAGAGCAGAAGGAGGAAACGAUGAAUGCUGAAAAAACUCAGGAUCGAGAGGGAAACUCGGUGGAGAACAACGACAACAGUGACGCGGACAACGAAGCUGCGAUUGCUCAAGACUACACGCCGAUUCUUUGCAAAACACAAUUUCUCACGACUGUGGACUAUAAUUCGUCAGACAAUGCUAUGAGUUAUGCGACAGGAGUGGAAAUGGCAGUAAAAGGUGUACGUGUUGAUGGAUGGUGGUAUUGUGUCAACAAAGCAACGCUAGAAUCAGGCUGGGUUCAUAUGGAUUAUCUAAAACCAAAAUCAAAUGAAAAGUGGUUUGAAGCAAAGCCUGUUGAAACGAUUGAAGACCACCAGCUUUACGAUAGGCUGAAUUUUGGUCUCAGUCAAAUGAAUGACAAUCAAAUGAAUGAUGAUGACCUCGAUUCAGAUUUCGAUGACGAUAAUUACUGUAAAUAUUUAAUUCCAUCGGAUGAUGUGAAUACAGGAGGUCACGUUGACAAUGGCACAGUCUCAUGAAUAUGCAAUCGUCUAUCCCCAGCCUGCAUUGAAACAUAUGAAAACGUACCAACGAUGCGCCCGCUCGCAGGCUAGAAUGCUGACUAUUCAUAUUUUGCUAAAUACUUGCUUGUGCUCCAUUAUUUUUAUUACGAGUUCAUUUCAUCGGUAAUUCGAAGGUAGCCUUUCUCAGUCGGGCACAAUUAUGCAAAUCCGCUAAUUUUAUCGUGCUUUCUUAAUGAUGAAAAUGGCGAUGUACAAUAAUAAACAAUUACAAUUAUUACAAACUAUUUUUUACCAAAUAAAAUAGCUCUCAUUAUCGUAAGUGAAUGUACUUGCACCAUUUAUAUGUUAUUCAGUUCUAAGUAUCGUUUAAAUCAUAAAAAGUAUGUAUAUGAGUUCGAAAGGCUUCAUCUUAGCGUUCAGCACAUUCACAGUGCUUUGGACCUCGUAGUGGGUGGGCUCAUCCAACUGACAAGCUUAUAUUUUUUGGCCCCCCAAACCGACGACUGAAUUUAGAUAAGCUGGCGUGAUUUGAACAACAUACAUUUUAUCACCAUUGAUUGGUUUAGGACUUGGUUUGACUCAUUUUCAAAAUCUCGAACCUCGAUAGAAUUAACAAUGGGGAACCUUUUUGUAGGCUUUUUCAAGUAAUGUGACGGCCAUGCAUAAGUAUUAUGUAAGAUAAAAAAACGUGAUCUUUAUUAUCUGUCAUUAACUUUUUACAGUACUCUAGAAGUAGAAAAAUCAUACUAAUGUGUUUGUCCGCAAACAUGUGAGCACACAUAUGACCCCGACUCUAAACGUUUGCAUGGAUUGUGGUGACUGGUGCCAGUACUCCAGGAGUCUCUAUGUAUUUCUAUGCACUAUUUGUUGAUUUGAUGACAGAAAUAUUUCAUAAUCUCUAAAUCAUGGUUUUCAAACAACGCAAAGACUAUAUAUGAUAGAUAACGACUGUUGUUAUUGACUGUCCAUUGUUGCAACUGUGGAGAGCUUUCUCACUGUUCAUCACAUUCUUUGGUAUAAUACUUCUAUCUAAAUUGUGAACUGCGGUACGCUUGUACAUGCAUAAUAACUUAAUUAACUUUGUCAUGAAAUA